UAUGGGAGCCCGUUGAAGGUGGCUCCAUUUCAGGGCAGGGGUCAGGGUCCCACCGUUGGGGAAUUCCACUGCAAGGAGGGCUCCUUUCUUUCAGGAAGGACCUCUUGGCCCUCGUCGCUGCCCGGGUUGACCUUGGGGUCCGGCCCUUGCCCAGAGAUGGGUGCCGGGACCCCCGCUCUCUUCCUGGGGUUCCUCCUGCUCUGGGAGACCCUCCCCACGGUGUCAGGAGAUCUGGGGGUGUGCAUGCUCCCGUCCGACCCGGGCGUCUGCUUCAACCUCCAGGAGCGCUGGUACUUCCACUUCAAGAAGAAGGAGUGCCGGCCCUUCACUUGGGGGGGAUGCCAGGCCAACGAGAACAACUUCCCCACCCACAAGGCCUGCAUGGAGACCUGCGGCCACUACGGAUAAUGAAGACGCUGCCGCUGAGGCCUUGGGAGAACACCUGGGGAGAACACCUGGGGAGAACACCUGGGGAGAACACCUGGGGAGAACACC